AGACCCACAACCCUGUCUGCCGUGCUGUGAAGGUCUUUUGUGAUAUGGAGACCAAUGCCGGAGGGUGGACAGCUAUUCAAUUGCGAAAAACUGGAUCUGUUAACUUCACCCGGAAUUGGCAUGAUUACAAGGUCGGGUUCGGAAUCCCACAAAUGGAUUACUGGAUUGGAAAUGACGCAAUUCACCAGCUUACGAAAGAUCGGCCAUCUUUGUACAUACUCCUAACUAAUUAUGGCGUUACAAAGUACGCGGUGUAUAACGAGUUCUCUGUAUCGGAUGAAAACGACAACUAUAGACUCUUCAUAGCCGGACCUGUCACAGGCACUCUAGGAGAUAAAAUGAUAAAUACAGACCGAUCACACAAUGGUAUGCCAUUCUCAACCCCGGACCUAGACAAGGAUACUUCCGGUAGCAGGCGCUGCGCCGACAUCAUGGCAGGAGGUUGGUGGUUCAGUUCGUGCCACCGGGCUUUCCUGAACGGGCCCUGGGCCUCGGUGAACUGGCGGGAGCCCUGGUCACCCGAUCUAAUGGAUGGACUGGGUAUUACCGAGACAAGAAUGAUGAUAAGACCUCGCUAAAUACACGUUAU